UAACUGUCAGCAUUGUCGUUGUGUAGACUGAUAGUGUAUGAAUACCAAGUUUGAACUAUUUCGUAUUCAUAACAACCGCACUACGGCAAUGGUGUAAUAGUGUAUUUCUAUUCAACUGGACCAAAGGUAAUUACGAACGGCGUACCCCUUUAAAUCGAUGCAAGAGGCUGAAAUGAUAACAAGGCAUGGACAGAGACUUGACAACCCAGCCAACGUAGACGUUGACAUCACUUCUAACGAGGCAGAGAGGCAUGAAUUUGGGAAUGGGACGGAGGCGGCAGUUCCAAGAGUUUCUUUCAACCAAGGUGUUGCCCACGGUAUGGGGAAGGUGGCAAAGUCUGACAGUUGGGUAUACAUGGAUGGCGAAACUUCUCAGACUGUUAGAACCAAAAGGAUGAUGAGUCUCUGCAGCAUUUGCAGCGAUGGCACUUUCUGUCGAAUAUGCCAUGAAGGUGACCAGAAAGAAGAGUUGAUAUCUCCGUGCAAGUGUAGCGGUACCAUGGGUAUGAUCCAUCAGACCUGCAUUGAAGCUUGGUUGAGUACAUCCAACACAACCAGAUGUGAGAUCUGUAACUAUGAGUACAAUUUGCGCAGGGAGGAUAAAACAUUCAGAGAGUGGUUAAAGAGUCCAUCCACCCCACAAGACAAGAAGAACAUCAUGGCAGACAUGCUAUGUUUCUGCCUACUGACGCCGUUGGCCUGUGUGAGCUGUUGGUUGUGCGUCUCUGGUGCAGCACAUUACUACUCUUUCAAGGAAAAAAAACAUUACUGGGAAUCCAUUGGCCUCAUCAGUCUCACCAUCUUCCUCGUCUCCAUCUACUUCAUAUGGAUGAUGGUUGCCAUCCGCUAUCACUGUCGAGUUUGGACUGACUGGAGAUCCAAGAACAAGAAAGUCACCAUUCUGAACUACACUCCAUCUGGUGAUGAUGAGAGUGACGACUGCACACCGGUGUCGUCAAGGAAGUCCUCAGUGUCCAUCGCUUUGGAUGACAUGUCGGGAGCGCAUGCUGGCACAAUGGGUGCGAUUUGUGAUGAAGAACUUGGAGCAACUGGGGGUGUUCCUUUAGCCAAUGCUGCUCCUAGACAGACGUCCUCGCCAAGCGGUCUGAACCUGAAUCCUAUUGUUGAAGGAUCACACAGUUAUGUGUCAUACUAUGUUAACAUGCAUCACAGUGCUGUUUGCGAGGUUUGCCAUCAGUCUCUACAAAAGCAUAAUGUUGUAGCUAUCCAGCAUCACCAAGAUCCCACACAGGGGUGUGGGUCAGAUUCAAAUAACAAUUGUGAAAAUUUUCCUGACCAGAACGUGGUCUCGGUUCCAAUGCCAUACGUUUCAGUGCCACUUCUUCCAUCGGUUCUCAUCAGCUCCAGCUAUCCAUGUCUUCAGAAGUCCUCAAACACUGCGACAGAGAACGACACUCGGAAAACUUCUCGGCCGAUGAGCUCUCCUCAUGGCCAGCAAACUCUCAGGAAAACAACAAAGUCAGCAAACGUCAGCCCUGUUCAAAAACCUGACCAGGAAUGGCUCCCAGAUCCCAAACAUUCCUCGACUCCAUGCAAGAGGCAGAAGAAGCGUGCACGUAUGGGUACGGAUUUUGACCGUGUACUUUUGUCCGACUACGUCCAGGACAAUCCAAGAACAUCCAAUCCUAGUCAAGCGAGGAGGCAGCCGAGUACUAUUCAUCGUGACACUGUGUACAAACUCCUCAGUAAUCAGUCAGAUACUUCAAUCGAAGAAAAUCAACCAAACAAAAUGGCUAAAAAGGUGUUGAGCAAAUAUGGCUCGGCAGAAAGACUUUUGAAUGUUUCGGAUGCUGAUCAGAGUAACUCCGAUAGUUUCAACUCCUCUUCUGAUGGACCGAAAUUUCUCGCACAGGACAAUACGUUGAGAGAAAUCUGGGUGAAACCUCACUUGGUGACUAAUUUAAGUGAUGCUGAUUUGAGGGUCAAGCUGGAUGAUUUAAAAGAAACCAGUGUUUAA